AUGCCCGAUAAAAUUCUGAAUCUGCCAUUUUCUUGGUGUAGGAACAACAAGUUUGAUUUGGUGAGUGCAUCAUACUACCACACAGUGAGCCCAUUGACCAACACUGCAGUGGGUGGAGAGUUUACCCACAGCUUCUCGAGCAGCGAGAACACCAUCACAGUUGGCACUCAGCAUUCACUGGACCCACUCACCAACGUGAAAGCACGUGUGAACAAUGCUGGCAAGGUUAGUGCUCUGAUCCAGCACGAGUGGCGCCCAAAGUCUCUCAUCACCGUUUCUACUGAAGUCGAUGCCAAAGCUUUCGACAAGAGUGCCAAAUUUGGCUUGGCUUUGGCCCUCAAGCCUUAA